AUGUUUGUCUUCGUCUUCGUCUACAUCAACACUCGUGGCUCAUGCAAGACCAGCACCAGCCAUACCGGUACGAUUGAAUCGGCUAGAGGUUCCAGCACGGGCGGCUCCAUAGACUCGGAUCACACUUGGAUCCCUGUACCUGGCGCCAUGCAUCUGCUUACAUAA